CUAAACAAAGAGCAGGCUCACACAUUUUCUCUGAUAGCAAAUCAUUCAUUGACACAGAGCUCAGAGCCACUUUGCAUGUAUUUGGGUGGCCCUGGAGGGACAGGAAAGUCACAUGUUAUCACUGCUGUGACAGAGUUCUUUAAUAGGCAAGGUGAAGAAAGGCAAUUUCACUUGACAUCAUUUAUGGGAGUUGCUGCUCACAACAUCACAGGCAUGACAUUGCACUCUGCAUUAAGUUUGAAUCAACAAAGG